CCGCUCGGGGCGCCAGCUCACACCCCCCUAUGGCACCCUCCGCCAGCCAACCCGGGACCACCGACGGCGAGAGUGCCGGCGUGACAAUCAGGCCUAUGAGACUGAAAGUCCUCUACACCUUCGACGACCAGAAUAAGACGAAUUGCCUGGCGAGAUGGCCGCAUGUGUUACAGAUCCAGGCUGUGGCUAUGGACGAGAACGCCACCAUCGGCGUCAUCGAGCUGAAAACCUGCAUCCAAGCUAUCGUCCAAUGCUCCCCCGAGCUGGUCGCCAAGCUGGGUCAAGAUUACACUGUGUACGCCUACGACUACUCCGAGUACGACAACCCGCUCGUCGGCCAAGGAAUGCUCUCCUGGGCCCUCGCCGCCUCCUCACCCACCCCCGAAGCACCAGCCAGCCAAUCGCGCCAGCUCAUCACCGGCCGCGUGUGCAAGAACAUCCAGGGGCUGUUCUCGAACGGCGUAGCGGAGACGCUGGAGGUGAAGUUACGUCUUGUUCCCGUGCCGACGGUGCUGCAGAGCGAGUAUGUGAGGAGCAUGGAGACGUAUAGGGAGAUUAGCAAGGCGAUGCCGGUGGGGUUCGAUCAUGGCGAGUGGUUGGCGUUUUUGCAGUCCAAUCCGGGUGUGGGACAAAUGGCGAAUAGGGUGAAUACCCCGGUGCCGAUGCCGAGUCAGAGGAGUGGGAUUAGUAUGGAGGUUGUGAAUCAGCUGCUCAGUCCAUCGUUGCAGCAGACUUCGGUGGAUCCGUUUAAUGUCCCAAUGAAUACGGAGGUGGUGGGGAGUGCUAGUCGGCCGCCGAGUCCGAGGGAGAAGGCGCCUUCAAGGCCGGCUUCGCAGGCGUCGGUGAAGAGGCCAAGGAAACCUCGUGCGCCGUCGAAGCCGCUUGUUGGUGGGAAUACGUCGGGUUAUGAGGAUGGGACUGAUGGCGAGGAGGCGCCUACGACGAAGAAACGCGCUAAGAUCACGCAGACCAACUGGAAUAGUAAAUCCUCUUUCGGCACUGGAACGGACUCACUCCGCGUCGCUGCUAGCACGGCGGGAUCCCUCCGACUAUUUAGACCUAUUGCUAUAGCACCUGCUCCAGGUGGCGCUGCUGGCUCUCAUCUUCAGGAGAUGCCUAGAGCACCGACUCCUGUCCCGCAACUUCCUUCUCUGAAGGCCAAUAGGUCGCGUGCCACGUCUCAGAGCAUGCUCCGCCGCAACUCUAUUGUCUCCCAGUUCGGCGAGCAACGUCGGCAGUAUAACUCUCCCUACCCUCCCUCCGACACCGGUCACGACCCCCAAGACCACAUCCGCCUUUCCAUCGAAUCCGCCAUGACCUCCCCCGAAAAAGAAGACAGCCCCGUCGACACACCCCCAGACAUCAACUCCUCCCCCCCCGUGCUCCGCCGCACCGCCUCCGCCCGCUCCAGCCCACACGCGCCAUCAAGCCCGAUCCUACCACCCAUGCCGCGGACAGACUCGGGGUUUAUGAGCGGAGACAUCAGUGAGUUAUUCGAAGACAACGAGGAAGGACAACCCGCUGAGGAGGACCCCGUCAUCGCAGCCAACAAGUACACGCGUCGUCGCGCCACCAAGCCCGCCGCGCCGCGCGCAGAGAAAGUCCACCAUGGCUUCGCGAUCGAGGAGGUCACGCCGGGGCCGCCGGAACUGCUGCCUACGAAAAUGCUGCCGCGUGCGGAGGCGAAGCAGAAGGCAGAGCCGAAACCGAAGACGAAACGCACGCUGGCGAGGAGUAAGAGUAUGAUGUCGGAGGAUGGGUUGGCGAAUGGGGGGAGGAGGGGGAGCGCGGCGUCGUUUGCGCCGCCUAGGCCGGGGUCGGCGAUGGCGCUGAUGCCGAUUACUGCUAUCCCUGAGGCUAAUCAGAGCGUGGAGCAGAGUCAGACGGAGAUUGCGCCGCCGAGUUUGCAGAUGAAUAACGCGCCGCAGAAUAAUUCGUUUUCACGCCCCCCGUCGAGGUCUAUGAGCCGAACCGCAUCACUGGGAUCCUUAACCCUACCUGCCGUCGCCGCGAGCGAACCAGCCCUUCCACCUAGCAACCUCCAACACGCACACACCUGGUCCGACGCCCCUCACCCCGCCACUGAAGCCCCCACCCAAAUGGACGACGGCACAGUCGCAGAGCCGUACUCCAAACGCAGCGCGAUGGGCAAAAAACAAACUAUCCGCCUCCGCCUCGAAGACGCUAUCUCGCGCGGCGAAAUGCCCCCCUUCUGCAGCAACUGCGGCGCCAUCGAGACGCCCGCCUGGCGCAAGGCGUGGGCCCAGGAAUGUAAGGGUGAUCCGGGGUACCAUGAGUAUUCUGAUGAGGCGGGCAGGGUGACGGCGAUUGAGAUUGUGGAGAGGGAUGAGAGCGGGAAGCCGGUGGCGUAUCGAUUGAUUAAGAAGUCGCUUGCUGCGGCGGAUGAUAAGGCGGCGUUUACGGAGAUCUUGAUGUGCAAUCCGUGUGGCAUCUGGAUGUCGAAGUAUAAAUCCCAGCGUCCUGAGGAUCGAUGGGGGAAAGACCCGAAUCAGAAUGCUGGCGAGAGGAAGAAGAGGGGGGGUUCGAAACCGAGGAAGUCGGUGGCGGGACAGGCGCCGUUGCCUACGUCUGAAGCGCAUUUUUACUCUGACGCCCCUGCACCGCCUGAUAACUACCUCUCUACUACCGCCCCGCAGCAGGACCUCCACGUCGCAGCAGCAACGAUAACGCAGUCCCGCUUCGCCCAACGCGGCGGCAGCGUGCAACCACCCAAGAACACAACAUCCCUAAAAGACACCGCCGCCGCUUCCCUUCGCCGCGCCAUCCAAUCCAGUCCCGCGCGCUGGAUGGGUACAUCACGGCACACCCCCAUCGAGGUCGAAGACGAGCUCGGCGCCACCCGCCGCCUCCUCUUUCCCUCCCCACGCAAAGACGACUCCCCGAAAUCCCUAGGCGACGACUUACCACCCGGCUUUUCUGCUGAUUUCGCGGCCCCGCCGCCGCCACCGACGAAUUGUAAUAAGGAGAACCACCCCCCGCAACCGAAUCCGCUGGAUGAUGAUGAUGACCUCGCUGCGCUGUUUGGGGAAGAUCCGUUGAGGACGUCGAGACCUACUACGCCGAACCGUUUACCCCCUUCGAAUCCUUUUAAAACACCUACACGCCCGACGCCAUCGCAUAGACCGAUAACGCGCUCCAUUUCCAGAUCGGCGAAAUCGGCACGCUCGAGAAGGGGGGAUAUGUUACCGCAACGCACACCUACGCGCUCCACACCCGCUACACGCCGCAGUCCACGCCAUCGCACGGGUGUGCAAGAAAGUCCCUUCACAGCGACACUAAACCGCCUCCUCAGCGAGACCGGGGAAGACAGCCACGCCACCCACGGAGGCUACGACACCGGGCGCUCCCCCUCGCGCAACCUAGAUCUCGGGCUCGAUUUCUCCGCCCUCCCUGACCUCGCACACCCGUCUGAUCUGCACAGCGACGCUCUUCUCUUCGCCGGCGCCGGAUUCGGCCACGGUGGUGGUUUCGGCGGCGGUGGCGGUGGAGGAGGAGGGGAUUUCUUCUCCACCGACGCGGCGCCGAUGCCGAGCAGUCCGCCUAGAAUGUUUGAGUUGUAUGAGGAUCCGUUGGGCAUGGAGAUGGGGAGUUUGGAGGCGAUGGAGGAGGCGAUGUGGAGGGAGUUUGGGGGGGAUGGGUUGGGGCAGGGGUUUGGGGGGGGAGGAGGUGGGGUAGGCGGGUUGGUGGUUGAUGGGGGGGGGAGGGCGAGUUUUAGUAUGGGUGUGGAUACGGGGGAGGGGAUGGGGGAGAUGGGUGGGGUGGCGAUUAAAGUUGAGGAUGGGGAGGGGGUGCAGGCGGUUUGAGUAGGGGAAGGGUGUUUGGGUAACUGUGGGAGUGAUUUGUAUAGCGCUGUAGACAGCAUUGAGCGAGUGGCUUAUUUAGCUAUUGUGGAGCGAUUGAAUUGAGAAUACCCUCUUCACACACAUCUGUGACUUUCACAGAUAUAACUUGUUCGUUGGUUAAGAUACUGAUCUAUCUCACCACUCUCGCAAUCCUAGAUAGUGAUAACCUCUCCAUGCCUCUCUCUCUACAAGUAGUGCGAUGGAGACGGCGGGAAAGAAACUGGUGCAGGGCUACUAAACAUACCGCGAUCCAUCGCAGGGCCUAGGAGGAAAGAAACUGGUGUAGGACCAGAGAAGACACAGGGGCCCAUCGCAGGGCCUGGGAAUAAAGAAGCUGGUGUAGAACUAGAGAAGAUACCGCGACUCAUCGCAGGGUAGCAUUUCAGACAUUUUUCAUAAAUUGCUUCUAUUAACAAUACACCUCC